UAUUGUGUUCAGUAAUUCAGUUCACAAAGAGUGUUGAACAGGUCUUUGUAAAAUAAACUCUUCUUCUUUUUUAAUAAAAAUUAAUGUACGUGUAACGUAUUUUAAUCAGAGGAUCUAACAUUUCUAACAUAUAGCUUUUAAAAUAGUGUUUUGUAAUUGGAGUAUAAUAAUAUAAAGUAUAAACUACUAAUAUUUGAAAAUCAUGUGUGGUAUUUGGGCUCUCUUUGGCUUAGAGGGUGACACCCUUGCUUGUGCCUGUGAAAAUUUUUCAAAAAUAACACAUCGCGGACCAGAUGCAUUCAACAUUGAAUACGAUCAACGCAUUAAGAAUGGAUACAUUGGUUUUCAUAGAUUAUCAAUUGUUGAUGGUCUCAGUGGAAUGCAGCCCAUGAGACUUUGUUCUUAUCCGGAAAUAUUUUUACUAUGCAAUGGAGAAAUUUACAAUUAUAAACAGCUUGGAGAAGAAAAAGAUUACAAGUAUGAUACAAAAUGCGACGUGGAAGCGAUUAUACAUCUUUACGCAAAUGCAGGAGCUGAAAAUGUUGCUCGUUCCCUAGAUGGAGUAUUUGCCUUUUGUUUGAUGGACCUUAAAAAGAAGAGAAUUUUGAUUGCCAGAGAUCCGUAUGGUGUGCGACCGUUGUUUAUCCUCAAGGAUGGAAAGGGACGUUUGGGUAUAUGUUCCGAAACCAAGGGUUUAAUUGGAAUAACCGAAAAAUUCCCCAGUGACUGGGAAUUGAAACCAUUUACACCUGGAUUUUAUCAAGAAUAUGAAUUAACGGAAGAGGGAAAAGUAAAUCUUUUGAGAAGCGUACAAUAUCAUAAGCCUGGUGAUAAACCAGGGUUUACAACAUUUAUACCAUCGGUGGAUCUUGACUCCAAGGAUGUUUCUGGAAAUAUCAGAAAAUUACUAACAGGAGCCGUGAAGAAGCGUCUGAUGUCUGAAAGACGGAUCGGUUGCUUCUUAUCCGGAGGACUGGAUUCGAGUCUAAUUGCCGCGUUGUUUGCUGCAGAAGCUAAGAAAUUGAACCUACCGUAUAAAUUGCAGAGCUUUGCAAUUGGAAUGGGUGACAGUCCUGAUAUCAGAGCUGCUAAACAAGUUGCCGAAUUUAUUGGUACCGAGCAUCAUGAAAUUAUUUUCACCGAAGAAGACGUGGAGCAAGUACUGGACCAAGUGAUUUAUCAGAUUGAAACAUUCGACAUUACCACCAUUCGAGCUUCAAUUGGCAUGUACAUAUUAUCGAAGUACGUCAAGACGAACACGGAUACAACUGUAGUUUUUAGUGGCGAAGGCGCGGAUGAACUGGCUCAAGGGUACAUUUACUUCAAAAAAGCACCGAAUGCAGAAGCAGCUCACGAAGAGUCACUUCGUUUAUUAAAAGAUAUUUAUUUGUACGAUGGCCUGAGAGCUGACAGAACUACAAGUGCCUACAGUCUAGAACUUCGAGUCCCAUUUUUAGAUCUUCAAUUUACCAAUUACUUUCUAUCGUUGGAUCCAUCUACUCGACAACCGCAAAACGGUAUCGAAAAACAUCUGCUUCGAUCUGCAUUCAUGGAUUCUGAUCUACUGCCGAAAAAUAUUUUAUGGCGUCACAAGGAAGCGUUUAGUGAUGGUGUUACUUCAGCCAAAAAAUCUUUGUUUGAAAUUAUUCAGGAUAUCGUUGAUAAGCAUGUGAAUGAGAGCGAAUUACAAGAGGCUAAAAAUGUUUAUCCACAUUGUACACCAAGUACAAAGGAGGCUUUUUACUACAGAAAAGUGUUUGAAAAGCAUUUUCCAAAUCGUGGAAAGAGUUUGACACCUUAUUUCUGGAUGCCCAAAUGGAUUGACGGCAUUUCAGAUCCAUCUGCACGGUUUAUUAGCUAUUACGCAGCUGAAGAUGUCAAAAAUGGAAUCUAAUCGUUUUCAAAAGGCGAAAAUACAUGGAAUUGACAAAAGGAUGAUAAAAUAUAAAAUUUUUAUCUCUAAAUAACGAAAUUUUAAACUCACAUUUUUUUAUCUAAUAAAUGUUUGUCAUUUGUCGUUUUAACGGAUCUUUCUGGUCAAGGAUUUGAAAAAAAAUCGAUUUUUCUCUUUUUGCUUUAAAAUGUUUCUUAGUAUUAUAAAAUUACUAUUCCCAAGACAUUUUUGAAGAAAUAUACAAAAGAGAAAAGAGUUAUAAUUUUAAUGAAUAGUUCUUCACUUUUUGUAAUACGGUUACAAAAAUUUUAAACGCGUUUUUCUCGAAACGAGAAGACACUUUUCUCGAAAUCUACUGAACCGAUUUUAAAAUACCAAAAACCAUUCGAUUCUUUAUCUGGAAAACUGGACUGGAAUAAAAGGUAUCAUUUAGAUGACGCUCAGUAAAAUGAACUAAAAAUACAAAAAGAAAAAUUUUUUAACUCUCUUAUAAUAUGUAAUAUUCAAAAGGAAUUUUUGCAAUAACAAUAAUACAUUUUUUAUAAUAAGAGUUUAAAAAAGUGUGUGUAAGUUUUUUUUAAAUUCUGAAACAGAAAUUCCGCUUUUAAUUAAUUAAUUUGAAAAAUAGCUUUCAUUUUAUAUGUGUAACAGAGAUGAAUAAUUUUGUGGUUAAGAGUAUGGAUGCUGUUUGUAUGUUUUUCAUCUAAAAAUAAAAAGCAUUUAUUUAAU